GGUGUUAGUGUGCGGAGAUGCCUGCAGAGUGCACUGCCCUCCUUUUUUUCCCCCCGCAGCAGUGACCCCCUCACUCCCGGCCCGACAUAUUUGACACCAGUGCGCACUCACUCCUUUCCUCUCCUUUUCUUUCGGUCCCUUAUUUAGUUCCUGGGAGUGUCCCUUCCUCGACUCGGGGGAAAUAAUUUUCGUGGGAACUUUGUUGCCAUUGGCCAGCCAUAAAUCAGCUGUUGGAGCAUGACUGUUAAAGCCAGCGUACACACACACACACACAACUUCGUAAGGCUAUAGGUCUGCUCUUAUUGUGGGGCCCACUGGAUGCAGGGAGCCCGGUAUUCACCCUUCCUCACAUCGUGCCUUCUGGGGCUCUGACUGUUACCGCAAAGGGCGCACAUACCUGGGACAGAAUAAAUAAUCUGUGUCUUGCUGGUUUUGUCAGUAACGCAGGAUUGGGCUUGUGUUGGGUGAAGGUGCAGCUCAGGGGAAAUUGUACGUUGGAAAGAGAGGGGGGGGGGGGGUCACUGCCUUAGAGAGACGAAGGUGCCAUAAAAAUUCCACAAGAAGAAAAACAAACGGAGAGAGCGCUGGACGAGGGGGCUAUUCAAAGCCUUAUGUCUGUGUCAGGCUCUUGUUUUUCUGAUCUCGCUCGAAUCUCAUCUGGAGAAGAGCUGAUUUACAUUUUUUAAAUAGGUAUGCGCAAAGCUGGGCAGUUGUCAAGGUUUUUGAAUGUGACAACGAUGUUACCAUUGACAGGAUUGCCUUUAAGAUUUCUUUUGUAAAAUGAAUUAUUUUUACUUUUUUACCGAUCACACUAUUGUUUUUAGAAUCGUCUCAUAUCAGAUAGAAUGUAUUCUUUUUUUACAAGUGGAAAAGGAGCAAGAAAAUCACAGGGACGCUACUUCUUUGCAAUAUUAUACACACAUAACAAAUGGAAAAAUACAAUAAACAUGCAGGUGCAAUUUGCCACAUUUGUGAUUGCAAAAAAAGUGUAAAAUAUAUAUUGAAUAUUGCAGUUUUUUUUACAUGAGGCGUUACAAAUACAUUGUCUUUAUGUUAACCAGUAAUCGUUUCUAAUAUUUCCUUUUUCAAUAUUUUCUAAUUUUAUUUUAUUUUCUUGGCUUUCUUGUUUUUUUCCUUUAAUUUCGAAGUGACAUUAAAAAGCUCCACAGCUGCCCAUAGAAAGAAAUGACGCGUCAUUCUCUGUCUCGUGUCGAUACAAACACACACAAUACCAGAGCUGCAAGUUGCUGAGAGUGACUGUUUAAAAGUCGACAUGACAGAGGAUUCGCCCUUAAAUAAGAGCGAAAUAACGUCGGGUUACGUUGCAAAAGGCUUGUAAUGUCGCCUUAAUGACUGUUGUUUGGCAUCGUUAAAUUUUAACCAUCUUAUAUAGACAGCAAAAGGGCUGUAUGAAUGUUCGUAUAUAGCCUAUAUUCACAGUUAUUGAUUUUUUUAAAGUGGCACCGAGGACAGGCCUUGAAUGACAGUCUCUGUGGCAUCAUUCGAUAAUGUGAUGUUCCACUUUUAUCUUUCCCUGAAACAUUUAUUCAUUAGAGCUUUUCCCACAUGUGUGGUUGUUCGGUUGUUUUAUGAUUACACGAAAAAAAAAGUGUGAAAAACGCAGCCCUCUUUUGAAUGGGCUUUUAUUCUAUUAACCGCACAGACUAUUUGCACUCAUCGCCCAUCAUAACAUGCAUAACAGAUUCUGAUCGAAUUAUUUCUGUACAGUGUGCUCGCAGAGAUUGCACUCUCAGCAUGUCACUUGUUGUAUUGUUUAGGGGAGCCCGUUGGUUUUUGCCGCAAUGGUCGUUAACCUCCGAAUGACCCCGUGUGGAGCCCACGCCUCGGAAAAGGCGCCGCAGACGGGCAGUGCAACAGUUGAGCCAGAGGAUGGCGCACCACGACAAUCCAAAACACCCGAGCCCCGGCUCCGACUUUGCCCUAGCCACGAGCGCAGGGAGGCGCGCGCCCUCCACAUCCCACCCAGUAUUUCCUGCGUGCACGAGUUUACCUCUGGAGGUCACCAAGCAGGAUUUACGACUGGUCAACAAAAGCACGUGAUUCUCCGCCGUACCCCAUAUUUGGGUGCCUACGUAAGAGAGAAUCAAGUCCAUGUCCCACUCAUUUCCAUAAUUCAUCAUAAAUUGUGCAAGGGUGCUAUAGGACGCGCUAAACCAUAAGAGCCACAAAUCAAGCACACAGGUUUAUGCUAUUUUACCUCCAAAAUAAUAAAACAACAACAACAAUACCUACAGCGAGCAAACGGUGGAAUUGUCAACAAAUGAGCUCCUAUUUUGUGAACUCAUUCUGCGGUCGCUAUCCCAAUGGCGCGGACUUCCAGUUACAUAAUUAUGGAGACCAUAGUACGGCAAACGAGCAAUACAGAGACUCAACAGCCAUGCAUUCCAGCAGGUACGGCUAUGGCUACAACGGGAUGGACCUAACAGUCGGGCGGGCCGGUACCGGACACUUUGUGGGCAGCGAGCGGACACCGGGCUACUCCCCGAGCCACUCAGCGGCACGACACCCUCGGUGGAGCCGGUCAGGUACACCCACUCCGGCCGGCAGCACCGGGACCUCGUCUCUAUCGCCACCACCUGACCCUCUUCCGUGCUCCUCGGUCGCCAGCUCGUCCCCCGUCACGGAGACUCACACUCAGCAGCAACAACAACAACAACAACAGAGAGCCGUGAAAAACUCCAUAACGACCCCGUGCUCGAGCUCGAACGGAGGCACGCUGCUUCUCAGCCGGGACUGUGUGUCCAAAGCUUCCCCCCUAGAGGAAGAGAAGCCUGCGGGAAGUGCACCGACAACUCCACAAAAUGUCAGCGACUCGACACAGCCUCAGAUAUAUCCGUGGAUGAGAAAACUACACAUAAGUCACGAUUUGUCUGGGCCAGAGGGAAAGAGAGCCAGGACUGCAUACACUCGGUACCAGACCCUGGAGCUGGAGAAGGAGUUCCACUUCAACCGCUACCUGACCCGCAGGCGGAGGAUCGAGAUAGCCCAUGCCCUCUGCCUCUCAGAGAGACAGAUCAAAAUCUGGUUUCAGAACCGGAGGAUGAAGUGGAAGAAAGACAACAAGCUGAAGAGCAUGAGCAUGGCGGCUGCGGGCGGGGGAGGCUACAGGCCUUGAUAUUCACUCCUCUACCCCUGAUAACGAGCACUAUGAAAAAUAAAAAAAAAGAAACAAAGAUUGUCAUAUCAACUUCUCCUCCUACUUCAACAACAAAAGAAGCGCAGAGACUUGUUUAACGGGGCUGUGUGCGGGACAGGGGACACCCCAUACAGCCCACUGUAUGUCCAACAACAGUCCCCAUUAUAUUCCUUAAUAUUAUUUCCUUUUUAUUUCCACCGUGGUAAUGCUUAUGUGAGUAAAAAAAAUGCAUUAUGUACAGUUCUGUCUAGAUUUAGAGGAAAAAGAAACAGAAAUAAAUGUUUGUUUAAAUUAUUUCUUGUUCAGACGGAAAAAAAAUAAAUGGAUAAAAACGUCAAAGCUUGAAAUGCUACCUACCUACCGCAAAUAAACCCAGUAAAAGUUGUGUGAUGCACUCAGAACAAUACCAGCCUAAUAAAUAGAAGGUUGAGGUUGAGCUGCCUUUGUGUUUUAGCCUUCGUUUUUCUCUGUAUGUACUGUAUAUGUGUGUAUUUAUUUGUUUGAUGUAUUGUAACAACUUGUCAGAUAACUUGCUUCCCAAAAAAAAAAAGAAAAAAAAGUAGAGCCAGCAGAGUCCGUAUAAGCCUUGUGUGGUUAUUGUGUGCGUUGUGAACACAUGUAUGGACAGAGGUGCCGACUCAGUCUUGUAUGUACAGUAUAGCUGUGCCUUGUAUAUCUUAGUUUUUUUGUUUCUUUUUGCAGGAGCUGCUGUUUGCGUUGUUCACCUGGGCGCAACAUCUUAGUAAAAAAAAAACAACAACAACGUGUUUUUGUCUUUGUUUUUAAGUUGUUUUUAUGUGGAGGCUCCCACGGUAAAUUUCAUUGCCUAUGUGUAUAACUUCAUCGUGAUAAGCUUUUUGUAAAUGUUUUUCAAAGACUGGAAGUCAAGAAUAUACUAUAAUGAUAAUAAUGAUAAUAAUAAUAAUAAUGAUAACGAUGAUGAUGAUGAUGAUGAUGGCCAUUAUAAUAAACUUUCUACUGGAACGGCAACAUUACAGUGAGUCAACGUUUUUGUAGAAAUAUAUAAGAUUCAUUUGCGCUUUUGCUGCGUGGAAGAGAAGCGUCAGUUUGCUGUUUCCUCCAAAAAAAAAAAAAAAAAAAAAAAAAAAAAUCCUUAAAGCCAUUUGUAUGAGCUGCCAAAAAAAAUUGUCAAGUUAAAUCUUGAAUUCAACAGGUCAACCCCUCCUUCCCUCAAUGAAAUCUACUAGUUUUACUCACCUUUCUGGUGGAGCUUGGGAGGGGGGAUUUGGGGGUCCUUGGCCACUAACGGGGCUCCAGGGGCCGGGGUGUCCCUACGGUUUUUUGCGCGCAGGCUCCUGGGCUAUUCCCGGGGAAUCAGCUCGACUUUUCAAGCUGUAAAACUUUAUUAGGGGCCGAUUCUGGCUCUCUGACAUUUGGGUGCUAAAUGAAUGGGGGGUUUUGUCUAUGAAUAAGAUCGUAAAAAUCAUCCGGAGCGCGGCCAGAUAGGCUCACUGGCCAUAAACGGUCACGUGGUAGCCAUUAAAGUAAGUUUUAUGGUUUUGGGGAGUUGACAGUAUAUUGCACAUAACAUAUAAUCGCACUGACGGCGAGGCUUCGUCUGACUCUC